AUGAAAAACGUCAAGCAAAGUAUCAUAAAUUUUAAGGACCUAGCCAAGCAGCUAGAGGCAUGCGUACAAUAUAACUCAACUGAUAUUGAAGUAAUGCAGGACAUAUACGCGGAAUGUAAAAAAGAUUUAAUCAUAUUGGAGAAAUUAACGCUAGAAGCACUUGAAAAAGGAAACGCAUACCUGUUUGAACAACUAGUAGAAGCUUCUACUCAUGUGAGCCGAUCCAUCAAACGGUUUGAAAGUUUUGAAAAAAAUCACAAAGAUCGGUCUCGUAGUUUUCCAGGAGAAUUUGCACAAAUCGAAACGACAAAGAUGGAUUUCGGAGAUGAGGAUUUUUUAAAAAAAAAAAAAAAACAUCAAGGACAUAAGAAACAUGAUAAUAAGAAAAAAGGGAAAAAAUAUAAAAAUAUGGAUUAUGAAGAGGGGGACAGUGUAAAACGAAAUCGAAGUAGAAGUCAAAGUAGGAGCAGAAGUAGAAGUUGUAGUAGAAGUGAAAGUUUAGGCAGAAGUUUUGGUAGAAGAAAAGAACAUGAAAAAAAGAAAAAGAAAACGAAGGAAAAGGAGAGAAGGAAGUAUUACCAUAGUGAUGAUGAAAGUAACAAUAAAGAAAAAUAUACAUAUGAUAAUAAAAAAAUGCUAAAAUCGGAUUCAUUUGCAUCAUUUAAUAAAGAACUAGGAACGCUUAAUGGUACACCAAAUAUGUUAAGUAGUGAACUAGAUGAAGAUUUGGACGACUUUCAAAAGAAACCAAAAAAAGAUCAAAAAAAAAAAAAAAAAAAAUUACACGAUAAUAAAUUAAAAGUAGAAAAUGCAGAUGAUAGUGGUGAUGACUCUUUUUUCAAUAAAACUUAUAUUGAUUCAUUAGAUGAUUUAAAUCCUUUAAGUAGCAACAAUUCAAAGAACAAAAAAAGUAAUCGUGGAAAAGAACGCAUCACACAUAUUAGUAACAAUCCAUUAGUUAUAAUAAUUCACAUAUCAGAUAUAAUAAAUGUAUCAUUAGAUUUUAAAACAAUAUAUAUUUAUUUAACCUUAAAAUCUUUAGAUAAUAAAAUUAAUAUUCGAAAAAAAAGUAAAAACAAACAGGUAGAUAAUUUUACAAUAAAUGUAUCAGAAUUGUUUGAAUUUUCAGUGUUUUACAAUAAUCAAUUGUUUUUAUACAUUGAUGUAGUAGAUACACAUAACAACACUUACUAUUAUACUUGUUUAAUAAAUUUAAAUAAAAACAUUUUGAAAAAAACACUAUUCUAUGUACCAACUGCUUAUUUAUUAACACAAGUUACUGAUCCUUUUAGUUCUCAUAAAGAACACCAAAAUUUGAUCCCCACAACCCCAGUUAGCUUUUCAUCUGCUGAACAAAGUUUUGGAGCGCAAAAUGCCACCACACAAUUGAAGGAUUUCAAUUUCUCGUCACCCAUCCUUAAUUCCUUUCCAGAAAAAAACAACUUGGGUUGUCAACCAGUAGCCAAUCGUAACAUGGAAAAUCACAUUGUUAAUAAUAAUCCCAUCGUCAGCAAUUCUACCAAUAAUGAUCUCUUCCAAAACGGAACCACAAAUAUUUACCAUUUCAACAAUAACCUGCCACACAAGCGCGUGAAUGAAUUUUACUUUGGGAGGGCCAGCCCGAGUAACACCUACAGUAUGAACAAUCAUAUCUAUAACCCCGGUGCAACUAAUUUUAACUUUUCAAGAAAUCACCAAAAUGGGACCAAUUCGAACAACUUUAAUUUUGUUAGCAGGAGAAAUGUCAUGAAUCGUAACAUGUCCAAUUUUAAUUUUAUCAAUCCGAAUGUUAGUCGUCCAAAUGUUAUCAGUUCGAAUGCUAGCCAUCCAAUUUUUGAAAACCCUAAUUUUAGAAAUCCAAACAUUGGAACUUCCAACUUUGGCAAUCCGACAUUUGGAAACCCAAGCAAUGGAACUUCCAACUUUGGAACUUCCAACUAUGGAACUUCCAACUUUGGAACAUCUAACUUUGGAACAUCCAACACUGGAAGUCCGAGUCACAGAAGCCCCAGCACUGGAACUUCCAACUUAGGAAGGCCUAAUUUUAGCGCCCGUGGCUUUAGCAUCCCCACUUUUAGAACCCCUAAUUAUGAGCCCUCCAACUUUGAUAUCCCAAUGAUUAACAAUUCUCAAACAAGUAAUCCCACAUUUGACAACAGCAACUCAUGGCAAAAGAAUACUAACAGUAGUGCACAUAUCAAUGAUGGAAACAACAGGGCUGUGAACGAAAAUGAGGAGAAAAAAGACGUUGAGAAAGAAAAAAAAAAAGAAUUGGAGAAAAAUGAAAGGAAUUUUUCAAGCAAGGGUCCCUACAUCAUAAUGAAUAUUUUUUUAAAAAAUAAAAACUUUGAUCACGAAACAGAAUUAAUGAAACAAAACAACCUGAAUCUAUACAAACAAUUAUAUAAUACUUGUAACAAAGAAAAAGUUUAUUAUGAAAAUAAGAGUAAGGAAAAUGAAAAAAAAAUUGAACAAUUGGAUAAAGCAGUAAUGAUUCUAGAACUAGAUAAUGAGGGCUACAUAGAGGCCAAUAACAAAUUGAAGGAAAUAAUCGAAACAAAUAAAGAAAUAAUUAAAGUAAUUGAAAAAAUUAUAAAAAAAAAGAAUUACAAAAUAGAAAAAUUGGAAAAAAAAAAUGAAAAGGCUGAACAAGCAAAAAAAACAAUUGAAGAAAAUAAAAAAGAAAAUUGUUAUUUAUCUGAACAGAUUGCCAAAUUGAAUAAUGAUUUUAAGGAAAAUAAAAUAAAAUUAAAAGAUUCUAGUCAAGUGAAUGACAAUCUGAAUAGUAAGGUAAAUAACUUAUUAUUCCAAUUACAAAAUGCACAAAUAAAAAAUGAAAAACUUCUCCUUUAUUUAUCAUACUUGGUAAAAUAUAUUCACAAAAACAGUUGUAACGGUAAUGCAAAUGUUUUAAAUCUAAUGAAAUUAAAAAAAAUAAAUUGGAAUUUGCUAAAUUCAGAUCCAGAUUACAACUCUCAGAACAUGUUAGAUGAUAUAGCGAAUAAUUGUAAUUAUGUGAGAAGUGUUUUGAAAUUUGAUGAUUCAAUGAUAAAUAGAUACAUGAAAAGUCAGAAAAAGGAAAAUAUUAAUCGAAAAUUUAUGCAAAAUAUUCUCGGUCUCAAUAAUACCACGAAACAGGAUAUAACUAAUUACAGUAGUGAGAAUAGUGAGAACAGUAAUAGUAGCCUCGCACAUGUUAAUAACAAGCGAAAAGAGAAUGGUAUUUUGAAGGGUCAGCAAAAAGAGGAUAAAAGUAAAGUCCACAGAAAUAACAAGCACCCAUCUUCCCCAAAUGCCAUAAUCAUAGAUGAAAAGGAAGUAUCUGAGGAAGAUGAAGAAGAGAAAGAAAAAGACAUACCUAUUGAUCACGUUCUCGUGCAGGAAUACAAAAAAUACAUGACCACAAACGCUUCCAAUGAUAUAAAUCAAAAGUAUCUUCCCCCAAUUGAUGACAAUCAUCCAGAUAUAAAGAAAAAGAAGGAAAAAUUAAAUGAAAAAAAAGGUAUAAAACCAAAUGGAUUACAUGAAAAUUAUCUGAACACAGAUAUUCGAAAUAUAAACUACAAUAGUGAUAAGGAAAGAAAGAACAGUCAAAGGCAUAACUUCAACAUUAAUACUAAACGAUUGGAUAAAGUGCAAAAGGAGGAAGAAAAUCAAGGGGAAAAAAAAAAUUAUCGCUUAUUUAAUGAUGAAAAAAAAACAGAAAAAAGCCCAUUUAUAAAUAAGAGAAAAAAUAGUAUCCAAAUUUUGCAUCAUCAAAGUGAUAUCCUCCAUGACGGUAUUUUUAAUCAUCAACGAGAUAAUGUAGACAUUGAAACAAAUAGCGUGUUUUCCUUUAAUAUAAAAAAUAGUGGAAAUUUAUCUCAUCUAAAAAAAUCGAAAAGAACAACAAAAGAUAAUAAAAUUGGAAAAGGAGAAUGCAAACAAAAUGACGUUUUCAAAAAGGGACUCAAAGAUUCAAAGGAAAUGAAGAACAAGCCUACUCCUCCUUAUAAGAUGAAAAAAACAAACAAAAAAGUUACAAGUGGAAAAAAUAAAAAUGGAAAAGAGACAUACACCUGUGAUUAUAAUGAUGGAAAUUUCCUACUUUCUCACAUUAAAAUGGAUAGGCGGAAUAAGGUAAGACAUUCCUUACAUAAUUGUAAAGAAAAAGCCAUAAAUAAAUUGGUAUAUAACGAAAACUACACUUUUAGUAACGGAGAGUUGUCAAGUUAUUGUGAUAAUGAGGGCUGUGAAGAUGUAUCAAAAAUGAGAAACAAAAAUGAAAAAAACGUAGUUAGUGAUAGCUAUUUAAAUUGUAAGAGUAAAAACCAAGGGAAAAAAAUUAAUCACAAGAAAUUACCCUCCAUAUGGAAUGGCUUGUUAGAGCUGAAAGGACAUCAUAGUGAAAGCCACAUGGAGGAAGAAGAAUAUGAAGACGAAGAAGGUGAAGACGAAGAAGAUGAAGACGAAGAAGAUGAAGAUAAUGAAGACGAUUACGAAAAAGCUGAUGGUGAUGAAAAUGAAGAUGAAGGAAACCUACAGAACGAUACAACAAGUGGGAAAUAUGGAAAACUAAAAAAGGGAAAACGAAAUAAAAAUAAACAAAGUGACAAUCGCUUGAAAAAAAAAAGAACCAGUGACUAUUUGAGUGACUACAAAAGUUUUGAAAAAAAAUUUAACUAUUUUGUAAAAGUGUCAAAAAAUUUGCAAGGAAGUAUCCUCUCAAAUAACAGCGAUAAAAUAAGCUACGCAGUGAAUUUAAAUAAAAAAAAUUACUUCAGAAAUUUGGAAAGAAUUAUUAAUAAAUGCAAUAAGAAGGACCAGGAACUUUCUUACCUUGACAGCUAUCUUAGCACAGAAAUCAAGUCAAACUUUUUAUCAGACAAUGAUAUAAAGAAGCAUAAAAACCGUUUACGACAUUUUUACAGCAAAAAUACAAAGGGCAUAAUUUUUGAAAACACCCUUGUUAAGAUAUAUGCCAAGCUUUACUAUGUUAAUGAAGAUUCUAGGAAAAAUAGUAAAAAAAAAAAAGGUCUGAUUGGCACGGAGAAUUAUAAUAAAGAUGAUACAAGAAAAAGUAACGGAAAUGUAAAAGCUGGUGAUGACAAAAAUGAUGAUAACAAUGGAAACAGUACAAGUAAUAGAAACCUCAAACGUAAUCGUCUACGUGAUGAGAAAAGAAAAACGAUGAAUAAAGUAGAGAAAAGUAUAAAAAAGGAAAAUAUUUACAUGAACAUUUACGUAAAAUCCAUUUUGUACAAUAUUAUUUACAUCAAAAGUGAUCUGCGUGAAAACAAAAUGGACCACAUAAAAGUUGUAAAGAGGAAUUUGAAAAAAAAUUAUAAUAAAGUGACAGAAGAAAAUGAUUAUAUAAAUUUAAAAAAAAAUGAAAUAUGUUUAUUAUACACCCUAUGCUUUAGGAAAAAUCUCCUCCACAAUUUACCCUUAUUCUUGAAUAUAGAAUGUUUAAAUAAUGAUAAUUCAACCAUUAAGUUCAGAAUAGCUUUGCCUCUUCCCCAUUUACAUCUGCUGAAACCAAACAGUUUAUAUUUAAAUAAUUUUGUAAAGAAUUUCCCAGGAAGGCAUAAAUAUUAUUACAAAUCUUACUACUGUAAUAUGAUUGAUUUUUCAACAUUUAACGAAUUUAUUAAUUCGAUCAAAUUAUACAACUCCUUUAACGUUUUUCAUUUCGACGCAUAUAAUAUAUUGUACAGUACAUAUCCUCUUAAUGCCAAAAAUAACAUUCUUUUAUUAAUUGUUUGCGAUUUUGUCAGGAAAAAAAAUGGCACACCCAAUGGCACUGUGAAGUUGCAUUUUAUAUCUCAGUCAAACAGCUUGAUUAGCUUCUCUGUAAAUUUGUUUAAACAAAUUUUGUAA